AUGGCUUCCAAAGCCAUGUGGGAGGUCGACCCGGAGACGAGGUCAAAGCUCCUCGCGAUACAGAAGGAGUCCAACAACAGCGUCUGCUGCGACUGCAACGCCCCUAGCCCCCAAUGGGCCUCCCCGAAGUUUGGGAUCUUCAUUUGCCUUUCCUGCGCCGGCAUCCAUCGCGGCCUGGGAGUCCACAUCUCCUUCAUCCGAUCCAUCUCCAUGGACGCCUUCAAGGCGAACGAGAUUGAGCGCAUGCGCCUCGGGGGGAACGAGCGCUGGAGGGACUUCUUCGAGAACCAUGAGGAUACCAAGAUGCUGGGACUGAAUUGGGACGACGCCACGAUCGCCGAGAGGUACAGCGGCGAGGUUGGUGAGGAGUGGAAGGAGAGGCUCUCGGCGAAGGUCGAGGGCCGCGAAUACGUCCGCGGCGAGAAAGCUCCCGCGGUUGCUUCAUCGACGCCCUCGCCCGGCCCAGCCAGUGCAGCUAUCCGCAGUGCGCCCCGCCCCGGCGCGGCUGGCAGCAACAGCAGCCGAACGGCUAGCCCCGCACCCGGCGGCGGGAAGGUCAGGGUUGACGACAAGUAUUUUGCGCGCCUCGGCGCUGAUAACGCCAACCGGUCUGCCGAGGUACCGCCCAGCCAGGGCGGAAAGUACGCCGGCUUCGGCAACACGCCCAUGCCGCCGCAGGGGAGGGACAACCAGGCGUUGCCUGGGCUGGACGAGCUUCAGAAGGACCCUGUGGCGGCGUUGACUAAAGGGUUUGGCUGGUUCACGUCGACGGUCACUAAGACGGCCAAGACAGUCAACAGCGAAUACAUUCAGCCCACUGCAAAGCAGAUUUCCGACUCGGAAUUUGCAGCCCAGGCAAAGGUUGCCGCCGGCAACGUUGCAAAGUCGGCGCAGGCCGGAGCCAAGACCGCGCAACAGGGCUUCAGCCGCUUCGUCGAAGGGCCAACUGCUGGAGGAUACAGAGAAGUGCCACUAGACGAGAGCAAACAGGCAUUCUGGGACGACUUCUCGAGCUUGGCAGAUCAGCGGGCGCAGGAGAACAGCUCGAUAGGCACCUCCGCGAUGGGGAAGGGGGGCAGCACCCGUCCUGGCCCGUCGAAGAAAUCACAGGAUGACUGGGAGGACUGGUUUAGUUGUCCGUCAUCGACAGCCAAAGCUUUCGAAACCUCUUCUCCUUGCUACCUCCAGCCCAUUGUAUCCACAACCGCCGCAAUGUCAGCGUUACGGAUCCUGGUCCCUAUCAAGAGGGUAAUUGACUAUGCAGUCAAACCCCGCGUCAACAAGGCCCAGACGGGCGUCGAGACCAACGUCAAGCACAGCAUGAACCCCUUCGACGAGCUGUCGGUGGAGGAGAGCGUGCGCAUCCGCGAGCGCAAGUCGGCGCCGGGGGGCGUGGAGGACAUCUGCGUCGUGUCGGCGGGCCCGCCCAAGGCGCAGGACGUGCUGCGGACGGCCAUGGCCAUGGGCGCCGACCGGGCGAUCCACGUGGAGACCAAGGAGGGCGAGGACCUGGAGCCGCUCGGGGUGGCGAAGCUGCUCCGGCAGAUCGUCGGCGAGCACAAGAGCAACCUCGUCAUCCUCGGCAAGCAGAGCAUCGACGACGACGCUCACCAGACGGGCCAGAUGCUCGCCGGCCUGCUGGGGUGGCCGCAGGCCACGCAGGCGAGCAAGGUCGAGUUCGGGGAGGGGGACAUGGUCAGCGUCACGAGGGAGGUGGACGGUGGCGUCGAGACCCUCAAGGCGAAGCUGCCCCUGGUGGUCACGACGGAUCUGCGGCUGAACGAGCCGCGCUAUGCGAGCUUGCCGAACAUCAUGAAGGCCAAGAAGAAGCCGCUAGAGAAGAAGAAGCUGGCAGACUUUGGCAUCUCUGCCGAGAGGAGGUUGAAGGUCCUCAAGGUCACAGAGCCACCACCGCGGCAGGGCGGAGGGAAGGUUGAGGAUGUGGAUGGGCUGAUCUCGAAGCUUAAGGAGCUUGGGGCGCUAUAG